CAUUUCUCCUCGGCGGCAUCUGGGUCGAGCCCGUAGCACAGAAGUUCAGCGUUUUCUUUGGUUUUAUUCCGAUGGAAGAUCAGAGCAGCAGUAGGAAGCGGUUCAGAGGCGACGACGGCGCGGAGGAGCUGGAGUUCCAGUCGGCCGAGGUGAAGAGGCUGAGGGACGAUCUCCUCGGCUUCCUCGACGACUCCGACCCCGAGCCGGGAGCCCCGGAUCUGGACUCCCUCAUGCGGAGCUUCCAGGACGAGAUCUCGGCGGCCUCGGCGUCCUCGCUGCAGUCGCCGGCUGCGGUGGAGGUGGUUGACCUCACGGCGGAGUCCGGGGACUCGAAGUCGGAGCUCGGGUACCUCCUGGGCGCCUCGGACGACGAGCUCGGCCUCCCGCCCUCGACCACCCCCACUUCGGGCGGCGAGGCGGCGCGGCGCGAGGCCGAGCUGGUCCGGGUCGCGUCGGAGGAGUCCGGGAUCGGCGAGCUCUGGGAGCUGGAGGGAAGAGAGAGAUAUAGGGUCGGCGGUGACGCGAUUGAGGCAAGAGCUGAGAGGCGACGCAAGAGCGAGUGCUGA